UGAUUUGUUUACAAUUAUCCCCCUGUGCAAUUUGCGUGUGUGUUUUUUCCCAACUAAAAACUGCGUUUUUGCCAAUUGCACAAUAGAAAGUGAUCGUGAUAAGCAAUAGGAACGGAAAGUUCUACAACUAAACACCCACCUGCACCAGGGUUUGCGCAGUAAAAGCGAAUACACUGCCGUGCACUUCCUUCUUCUACGGUACAAUUGAGCGAGACGUGCAGUGUCCCACAAGGGGUAGGGGGCUGAGACGUACACGGUGGCUACGGAGCAAAACCACAACAUCAUCGAAAUACGCAAAACUACACAAAAUCUGAUGCGUUUGUGUUUGGCCGCGGGUGAGCGAAACAAUACGGGUUGGUGCAAUUGAUUUGAACACAAACCACGACCCGCGUCAGUCCUGCCUGAGUCGAACGGAAUCGACACGAGCGAGAGAAAUUUAGCAACCGCAACCGAACUACCUACGUCAUCCCAGGCGAAAGGCGCGCGCGAAACGCGAAUUUUCCCUCGACACAACAAAAAAAUGAAAGUCAUCUGCACGCAAGUGUUCAAGUGCCUUCUGUCCUUUCUGCUGCUGCUGCUCUUCAUCCUGUUUAGCUUCGCUUCCCGCGUUCUCUUUGUCUAAUCUUGGCCGGCCGGGUGUGGUAGCGGCGGUGGCAAAAUCACCCUUUCCACCGAAGAACCCGUCGUUCAAACAUCAGCUGUUUUUCAGCCCAAACCGUCAAGGUUCGACGUACUCGCGGGACAACAUCGACGAGACGCACCACGCUAAGGUCAUUUGUGCCGUAUCUUAUCUCGGUGCCCCCGGCACAAAGAGUGUGCCAACGAAACAAGCUGCGCGAGCACCCGGAAAUCAUCUCGCUGCGGAUCAGUGGACGCGAUUAGGUCGCUGCGGAAGAUUUAGCGGAAAAUUGGUACACACCCGCGUGUGCAGCAGCAUCUUCUUCCCACUGGUUUUUUUACAAUGCUCACCCUUAAUGUGGCAGUAGCCGUUGCGAAGCAUUCCCACAUGCUUCCCGCAGUAUAAUGGCAGAGGAGGAUGAGAUUCGAACGGCCGUACACUCGUUCUACACCAUCCAGCAACAGCAGCAGCAGCUGCAGCAGUCAGCACACACGCCGGUCGUCCAUCACCCUUUUAUGAUGCACGGACCCCGGGGGUACGGCAGUGGGCCACCGAUGAAUGCGCUCGCCAUGACACGAUCGCAAUCGCACACGGUGAAUCUGCUGAGCGAAGACUUCAUUGCCGGGUACAUGGAGCAGGGCCGCAUGUCGGUCGUCCGCAGGUUCUUCUGCCUGUUCGUCACCUUCGAUGUCGUGUUCAUCUCGCUGCUGUGGAUCAUCUGCGUGGUGAUUACCGGCGACAACGUGAUCCAUGCACUUCAAACUCAGGUCCUGCACUAUACGGUCUACACAUCGCUGUUUGAUGUUGUAAUUGCUGCCCUCAUUAGGUUUAUCUUUCUCAUACUGUUUUAUGGGCUGCUGAGCAUCAGCCACUGGCUAGUGAUAGCGUUAUCUACAACUAGUUCCUGUGCAUUUCUUAUUAGCAAAGUAUUUCUUUACGAUUGGACUGCUACACCACAGCCGGUGUUCGAGGUGCUUUUGAUAGUGGUUUCGUUUGUGCUAGCGUGGGGCGAAGCAUGGUUUUUAGACUGUCGCGUGAUACCGCAGGAGCGAUAUGCGCGAAACUAUUUCGUUGCAAUCACCAAUCCCGGUUCGAUGGAUGCACGCACCCCGUUGCUGGAUCCAUUCCUAAGCGCAAUGCAGGCGGGCAGGACGGAAAGCAUAGGCAACUUCUACUCACCGUUCGACUCCAUUCACAACAGCGACGACGACGACGAUGAAGACGAACAGGACGACGAGUUCAAGAAGAUGGGCACGGAGUGUGUGCGGAAGGCGUACAUGCUGCUCGAAUCCGACGGGUGGAAGAUCGAGAAGGUAACCGCCAAGGGGGACACCAUACAAAGCUGCCAGCAGGAAAAGAUUGGCAAGAUUUACAAGCUGACCGCGAAGAUUCACUACCCCGCCCGGAAGCUGCUGCAGGAGCUGUUCUACAAGAUUGAGGACGUGCCGAAGUGGAACCCAACGCUGCUGGAAUCGAAGAUUAUUCGGAAAAUCGAUAGUCACACGGACAUUUCCUACCAGGCCACGAUCGGCGGUGGUGGCGGUGUGGUCAAGUGUCGCGAUUUCGUGAACCUGCGCUGCUGGCAUCUGUGCCGCGAUGGGCGCGUCAUCGAGGGCGUCGACAUCCUGCCGAACCCGCUGAUCAAUCUUUCCCCCGUGACGGAAGAGUACGAGGGCAACGGGUCGGUCGGAGGGCAAAGCGACGAGAGCGGGGAAGAAUCGUCCGUCGGUAGCAUCGGCAAGGGGGACGUUUCGGGGCGCAUCCCAGCGUCGAAAUCCGUACCGCAGAUGAGCCAAUCGCAUGGCGAGCUCAAAACGGACGGACCGACGGCCGGUGCUGCCGAUGGUAGUGAACAGAAAGAUAAGACUGCAUUUAAGACGCUCAGCAAAAGCUUGGGCGCCCAGGACUUUGCGACCGGUGCGGGCGGCGGCGGUGCCGUCUCGGACGAGAAUGAGGACGUGUUUUCCGACGCACUCACGGACGAUCAGGAGGGAAAGGCCGCGUCGGUGAAGCCGGUGGAGGGGAGUGCGAAAAAGAAGCGGAACGCGGCACGCGAGGAAGCAGAAUCGACGGCAAAGUGUAGCAACGUUUACGUGAGCGCAGCGAUCAGUAUCGACUAUCCCGGUGCGCCACAGAACACCAAAUACAUUCGCGGAGAAAACAAGGUGUCAUGUUGGGCGAUGCGGGAGCUUGAAAAUCAAAAGGAUCACUGCAUCUUCGAGUGGCUGCUCUGCUUGGAUCUGAAGGGCUACAUCCCCCGCUACGUGCUAGACACUGCCUACACAACGCUAAUGCAAGACUACAUGACCUACCUUCGCAAGUACGUCGCCGAACUGCGCAAGCAAGGAAAAGUGCCUGGUGGCCCCGAGUCCACCGCAUAGAGCGUGCAGAGAACGAGUCGAGGGAAGCAGUCGACCCUGUUCGGUCCGCAUCGCCACGCAUCGCCACUUCACCCCGCAUCACUUCAAAAGUCAUUCGAA